UCGCGCGGCGCCCGCCGCCCGGCAGGUGGAGCGGAGCCCAGUCGUGCGCCCCGCGCCCCAGCUGCGCUCCCGGCCCCACCAUGGGCAACAGUGCGGGCCGCAGCGACUUCGAGUGGGUCUACACGGACCAGCCCCACACUCAGCGGCGCAAGGAGAUGCUCGCCAAGUACCCGGCCAUCAAGGCCCUGAUGCGGCCGGACCCUCAUCUCAAGUGGGCGGUGCUUGUGCUGGUGCUGGCACAGUUGCUGGCCUGCUGGCUCGUGCGGGGGCUGGCGUGGCGCUGGCUGCUCUUCUGGGCCUAUGCCUUUGGCGGCUGUGUGAACCACUCGCUGACGCUGGCCAUCCACGACAUCUCACACAACGCCGCCUUUGGCACUGGCCGUGCCGCCCACAACCGCUGGUUCGCUGUGUUUGCCAACCUGCCCAUGGGCGUGCCCUACGCUGCCUCCUUCAAGAAGUACCAUGUGGACCACCACCGCUACCUGGGCGGCGACGGGCUGGACGUGGACGUGCCCACGCGCCUGGAGGGCUGGCUCUUCUGCACGCCGGCCCGCAAGCUGCUCUGGUUGGUGCUGCAGCCUUUCUUCUACUCCCUGCGGCCGCUGUGUGUGAACCCCAAGGCUGUGACCCGCAUGGAGGUGUGCAACGCCCUGGUGCAGCUGGCAGCCGAUGCCACCAUCUUCAUCCUCGGGGGGCUCAAGCCCAUGGCCUACCUGCUGGCCAGCUCCCUGCUGGGCCUGGGCCUGCACCCCAUCUCAGGCCACUUUGUGGCCGAGCACUACAUGUUCCUCAAGGGCCACGAGACCUACUCCUACUAUGGGCCCCUCAACUGGAUCACCUUCAACGUGGGCUACCACAUGGAGCACCACGACUUCCCCAGCAUCCCGGGCUGCAAUCUGCCCCUGGUGCGGAAGAUCGCGCCCGAGUACUACGACCACCUGCCGCAGCACCACUCCUGGGCGAAGGUGCUCUGGGAUUUUGUAUUCAAGGACUCACUGGGGCCCUAUGCCAGGGUGAAGCGGGUGUGCAAGCUGGCAGAGGACCGCCUGUGAGACCGACUGGCUGGCACCCAGAGUGGAUGGAUGCCACCGUGCCCAGGGCUGCUGCCCCACCUCGGCUGCUGUUGCACACUGUGCCCCCUGGCCUAGUGCCCAGAACUGGUCUGGCUGCAUGUGGCUCUUGCACGCUAGCUGCUGCUUUGUCCCCCAUCCCUGGGACCGCACCUGGAAAAUCUUGGUCUGCACGUGACUCACUGUGACCUCAGGCCAGGCCCUCCCUUUCUGGGCCUCAUGGGGAGAGGCCUGGCCCCGCCCUGGAUGCCCUAUGCCCACGGUCUUCACGCAGCGGAUUUCUGGUGUUCCCGUGCCCUAAAUUAAACCCAGAAUUUGUUUUCACAUC